AACACCCUUUAAUAAUGGAGAGUGUCCCAUGUCUCGCCACAGAAUUAAAUAAUGUGUGAUCUAAAAUGAUGCAUAUAUCCGAAUCCGACUCUUAUCUCUUGAUCCCUGCAUUCCAAAAAGUAUCCAUGGAGACCUCUGCAGCAAUAGGAGAGCUAAGCAAUGAGAUUCAACAACUACUCUUGAACCUUCCAAGAGAGAAAACCUUGGAUGGGAAUCCUCUCUGUCAAUACCAAGGGUUUUGGGCUCAAUCAAAAUUCAUUCCCGCCAUAAUCUCCUUUCAGAGACACUUCCAAGCAGAAGACGGUGACAUAAUAUUAACCAGCUUUCCGAAAUCAGGCACCACUUGGUUAAAAGCCCUCGCUUUCACCAUUGUCAACCGUGCUCGUUUUCCUCUACAAAAUAGCCCCUUGCUCACCACCAAUCCUCAUCAGCUUGUUCCUUUCUUGGAGGUUGAUCUUUAUUGGAAAAAUCAAUCUCCUAAUCUUGAAGACAUUCCCAAGCCAAGGAUUUUGGCCACCCAUCUCCCAUAUGCUUCAUUACCCAAUUCCAUCUUGAAUUCUGGUUGCCGCAUUGUUUAUGUAGCCAGAAAUCCUCUGGAUCAAUUCAUCUCCCAUUGGAAAUUCUUUUCUUCAUUGCAAGACCCAAACAUGAAUCUGGUUUCAAUGGAGGAAGCUUUCGAGAAGAUUUGCAAUGGAGUCCACUCCUAUGGCCCCGUUUGGGAACAUGUGAUGGGGUACUGGAAGGCCAGUCAAGAGAACCCAGAAAAGGUGCUCUUUCUGAAAUAUGAAGACAUGCAAGAGAACAUCAUAUUUAAUAUCAAGAAUUUGGCCAAUUUCUUAGGAUGUGCUUUCAGUCAAGCUGAAGAGAGGCAAGGAGUGGUGAAAGAAAUAUCAAAGAUUUGCAGUUUUGAUAAUCUGAAAAAUUUAGAGGUGAACAAGGUUGGUAAAUACAGUAAAUUUGGAUUUUAUGCAGUUAGAAAUGAAGCAUUUUUUAGGAAAGGUACUGUAGGAGACUGGAGAAAUUAUUUAACAUCUUCAAUGUCGGAUCGCUUGGAGAAGAUACUUGAAGAAAAGCUAUACAGCUCAGGUUUGUCCUUCAAAAAAUAAUCCCAGAAAGGCAAAAUCUUCCGUGAUUUCUUUUUAAAUUCAGCAAAUUUAAAUAAAUUGAUGUCUAGACUUAAUCAUGUUUGAAUCAAAUUAGUACUUUAGGUGUAAUCUUCUUGAUUGUCUCUCCAUCCCAUCAUCAACUUGUUUCCUAAUUUAAAGUGUACCAGUGUUCCACUCUGUAAUUUAUUAUAUAAAGUUAUAGUCAUAUUGUAUUGGCCAAGUUAUAAAAUAUUAUUCAUAUUAAUUCACCGUAA